GCUUCCCUCCCCUUAUCGCUCCUUGUUUUCGCCUCUUCCCCUCCUCUUCUCGUCCUCGCGGUCCCUUGAAACCCCAACACCUCCUCAUCUUUCUUGUAUUCGACCCCUCUUCCUUCAUUCUCCGGAAUUUUUUCGCGCGCGCAAGCUGGCUUCUGCGUCACAAUUCGAGGCAUCAUUACCUAUACCACAGCUGUCUGCUGCUGAUUGACCCUACUGUACAAUUUCUUUACCCUUACUGCUGAAAUGAGAGCCAAGUUGCAUUUUGUUGUCCCACGUAGGAAGCGUGGUGAGAGUAAUUUCCAACGCCAAGACCCCAUUGGGCUGGACAGGAGCGCCAUACAGAAGCUGUUCCAUCUCAGACAGAAAGAUGCAGCGGACCACCUGGGUAUAUCGCUCACUGCAUUGAAGAAUGCUUGCAGGGCCUUGGGAGUGAAUCACUGGCCUUACUCGCGGAAGAGGGAAAACGAGGAAGGACAUUCGGCUGAUGCACAGCAGGAGGAUGGGGCGGGACCGUCCGGGUCGUCAUCUCAGCCCAUGAACAUCGACCAGAACCACACUGACUCUCAUUCGGACGGAUCUGACUCAGAGCACCACGAGGAGGAGCACGAGGAGGAGGAGGAAGAGGAAGAGGAGCAGGGGCCUGCUAUCACCUCUCAUCAUGUCAGAUCGGGAGCUAGCUCCCUCCCCCUGCCCAUGUUAACCCGGCGAGGCGACGAAUCCAUUCAGAUUCAAGCAGGACGAAUGCUGUCUGGAUCUAUGGCCUCGUUGCUGUCCAUGAAGAAUGCUGUUGAAGCGCAGAAUGGCUCGUGGAUCUGUGGACCUCGACUGCCGGGGCAGGACAAGGAUUGGAUCAACUGGUUCAUGAAGACAACGCCUUUGGAGGAUACCGGUACGCAAUUUGAUAGAGCUCUAAUCAUGGUGGAGGAUGCGAAGCCGCAAACGGAGCAAUCGUCUUAGCUGAUCAGUUUUGUACGUUCGAUUUUCUCGGAUGUUCAAUGGGAUCUGUAAUGUACAAAUAAACUGAUUUUGACUUUG